AUGGAAAAUACUGAUGUUGUAGACAUGGUAACGAGGUUAAAGCGAAAGCGUGCUAUAAAUGAAGAGGAAAAUAGGAAAAAGAGGAAAAUUAUUGUCGGUACGAUUAUAUAUGUUAUUGUCAUUGUCAUGCAUUGGUAUAGUAAGAGUGUUCUUCUCAAAGAACCUUCAAAUGAUUGGGAUCAAGAAAGACAAUCUUUCCUCGGCCGAUUGUUUAAUGGAAAAGAUUCAACUUGCAUUGAACAAUUACGAGUUAGCAAGAGUGCAUUUAAACGGUUAUGUGAAAUUUUACAAGGGAUUGGUGGAUUAGUUCGCACUAGACAUGUGUCCAUUGAAGAAUCAGUUGCAAUUUUUUUGCAUAUACUUGCCCACAACUUGAAGUUUAGAGUCGUCGAUUUUCACUAUUAUCGUUCCAAGGAAACAAUUAGUUGGCAAUUUCACAAUGUGUUGCAUGCAAUGAUGAAAAUAAGUCAAGAAUAUGUGAAAUAUCAACCAUGCAUUAUUGGUAAUUCUGAAAGAGAGAAGUGGCGGUGGUUUGAGAAUUGUCUUGGAGCACUUGAUGGAACUCUCAUUCCGGUAACAAUAACGGCUGAGGAAAGACCAAGAUAUCGAGAUAGAAAGGGUGAUAUAUCCACUAAUAUGUUAGGAGUUUGUGGUCCAGAUUUAAGAUUUUUUUAUGUGUUACCUGGAUGGGAAGGCUCUGCAUCUGAUGCUCGUGUUUUGUGUGAUGCUUUACAUAGGAGUAACCAGUUUCAUGUUCCAAAUGAUAAGUAUUUGCUUGUGGAUGCUGGCUAUACUAAUGGACCGGGGUUUUUAGCACCUUACCGUGGAACUAGAUAUCACUUGAAAGAGUGGGUUGGAAACCGUCGACCUGAAAACUACAAAGAAUUAUAUAAUUUGCGUCAUUCAAGGGCAAGGAAUGUUAUUGAGAGGGCAUUUGGAUUAACUGAGCAAGCAGCUGAUCCAGUUCUAGAAGCUCAAGAUUUACAAUUUUUAGUAUCUGUGGACUCAGAGUUGUUAAAUCGUUCAACAAGAGAGGAAAAUGAAAAUAACUCUGAUGGGAUUACAUCUGUUCAAGCUACUGCCGAAUGGACAGCAUUUCGUGAUACAUUGGCAUUGCAUAUAUUGGGUAACAAAGGAGAUGGUGGUUGGAGGACAACUGCUUAUAAUUCUACUGCAUCUAUAUUAUCUGCUCAAUUUGAUAUUCAUGUAACUGCUGAUAACAUUCGAAAUCGUGUGAAGUCUUGGAAAAAGUUCUAUGCAAUUGUGAGUGAUAUACUAAGUCAAAGUGGAUUUAGUUGGGAUGCAACCAAAAAGAUGAUAAGUGUAAAUGAAGAUCAUGUCUGGCAAGAGUACGUGAAGUCACAUAGUGGCGCUAAAAGUUUUCGUUGGAAGGUCAUUCCAAAUUGGGAUGAUAUAGUGGAUUUGUGUGGCAAAGAUAGAGCCACGGGUAAGGGUGCUGAAACAGGUGUGGAGGCUGUUGAGAUUAUGACUCCUCCGCAUAAUGAAACUAAUCAUAUUGAUUUGGAUGGUGAUACGCAAGGUUGGGGAUAUAUGGAAUCAGCUCGGGAGUUGUUUGAGGGGUUGCCUGCAAAAGAUAUGGUGGUGUGGACUGCAAUGGUUAAUGGUUAUGCUCAGAAUGCCCAUCCAAGAUACGCGUUGGAUUGCUUUUAG